ACAAUUACUUUGACAUAUACUGAUGGCACUUUACCAAACUUAAUAUUUCAAAGUUCCUUAUCAGUAUAAGUAGUUCGAAUUAAUAACGGAUCAAAUCAGUUCAUAUGAAGUAAGUUUCGUACAAGCUUGUUUCUAAAACAAUAACCUACAGUCAAUCAAUGACAAAGGUCACAUGACGAUGACCAUCACAAACUGAUCUUCUUGGACUAAUGGACAAUACCUUCCAGCAGAUAUCAACUGUCAUUGUAUUUUUAUCAAUUAUCAUUAUCAAUUUUAGUGCUAGACGCUUGACACACAUAGUUUGAUGAUCAGAUAAAUCCAAUCAAUACCCAGAUUAGGUGAACGGUGGUAUUGCAGGAAAUGUGCUAAAAACGUAGUAAAACCUAGGUCAAUGACUCACUCACUUUCCAAUGGGUGAAAUGUGAAGAGGACAUAAAAUGCUCAGAAUUAACAAACGACAACACAGAUAAUUAGUUCCAAUAAUUCCCCUUGCAACAUAAUUGAUAACUUAAAGGAACAUAAUGAAUUCGUCACUAGCUUUUGAUCCAAUUCUUAUUUAAACCCGGAAUGGGUCAUUAUAUUUUUCAGGUUCAUAUUUUAAACAAACUGUUGAAGGCACCUGUGUACCAUUACUGUUUACAUAGGUGAUUCACGUGAAGCAUGACUAGUUUGUAUGUAUGGUGUAUUUCAGCACGUCAAGGCAAAAGGGAACACACCUGGCGGUGUUCCUCAUCCAUGGCUUCUUGGGGACAACAAGCUGAUGUGAGACGGGGUGUUUGUUGGAGAGGCAGGGAUGACAACCUACCAAAUGAUUUGACAUGGCAAAAACAGCUUUAAUCUACCCUCUACAAUUAGUUUUAAAAUUACCUCCCUUUGUAAAUUGACCUGACAAUGUCAGAGCCUGACACUUUCGUUAAUGACAGUUGUUUGUUUCUCGUCUUUACCAGAAGGGGUGCUGCUGACACAGACCAUGUUGGGCAGGGGCCUGAUGCUGCUACUGCUGGUUGUGGGUGUAUUGGGCCAGGAGUGUCCCGUGGGCAAAUAUGGAGAACACUGUCAACUGAACUGCAGCCGUUCCUGUUUCCCCCAUUCCGGCCAGGAUGUGCACUGUGACAGACACAGUGGCAAGUGUUCAGAAGGCUGCGUGGUUGGAUGGUACGGCGAUCAGUGCCAUGUACCCUGUAAAAAGAACUGCCCGCGGCACAUCUGCAGUCAGCAGACUGGUCACUGUACUCGGCCGUGUGAAGGAAACAACACAGGGGAUUUCUGUGAGAUCCACCAUGAGAAUGGUCAAAAACAAGGUGCAAGUGAACAGUCACAAGAAUCUGCCUCAACAACACUGGUCGCCAUACUUGCCCCUGUGUUCGCCAUCCUCGCCAUCCUCAUCAUCAUCAUCAUCAUGGCUGUACUCUUCAUAAGACACAGAAAAUCUAAUCAGGCCUCGGACGACGUGGAGAGUGGAGAACUGCUUAGCCCUGGAGGAGUGGACACUGACCUCAUCGUUGCCUGCAGUGAGGGGAAACUAAAGGCAGUCAGAGACAUCCUGGAACAGAGCCCGGAGGUCAUCAACAAGAAAGGACGCAGUGGGAUGACACCAGUGAUGUGGGCAGCAAGGAGGGGACACAGAGAAGUGCUCGACUUGCUUGUGAGAAAAGAAGCUGAUCUGAAACUUGUGGAUGAUGCCAGUAACAGUAUCCUUCACUGGGCCUUUUAUGGAGGGCAUGUGUCAAUGGUGAAAUAUGUUGUCUCAAAGAACAUGGUAGACAUCAACAGUAAGGGGCGGGAUGAGAGAACCCCAUUGAUGUGCGCAGCUCGGGAGGGGAAAAGGCAAAUCUUUGACUUACUUGUGAGUAGAGGGGGCCUUCCAUCAGAGAUUGACAAGGAUGGAAACAACAUCCUGCUACUGGCCUGUUGGGGUGGGAAUGAGGAGAUUGUGAAGUACAUCAUCUCACAUGAUGAUGUAGACAUCGAUGGAAGAGGACAGUCUGGCAGGACUCCAUUGAUGGCAGCAGCAUACAAGGGACAUGGAAAGGUCUUUGACCUGCUGGUUGAUAAAGAAGCUGAUCUGACACUAGUCGAUGAUGCUGGUGACAACGUCCUCCAUGUGGCCUGUCUUGGAGGACAUGUGGAUAUUGUUAGCCGUGUCCUCGAGCUGGGCAAGGUGGACAUAAACAAACAAGGUCAAUGUAGCAGGACACCACUGAUGGUGGCAGCAAGGCUUGGACAUAAGGAAAUAUUUGAUUUACUGGUGACUGAAAGAGCUGAUGCAUUAACAGAGGACGAUCACAGAAACACCAUCCUUCAUCUGGCCUGUGAGGGAGGGCUUAUUGACAUAGUGGAGUAUGUACUCUCGCUGGGUACGGUGAAUAUCAACGCCAGGAACAUACAAAAUGAAACAGCAACCAUGCUGUCAACAAAGGGAGGUGACGUGUGCAACCUUCUUGUGUCACAUGGUGGUCUCAGUAAGUGAAAGGACAGCUGAGAGUACUCUUUGUAAGAAUUUAGAUUUGUACAUGGAAAGGGAGCUUGAUAAUGGUCCACUGGUCAAUUGAAAUGUUGUUUUGAUGUUCCAUACUUCAGCCACAUGUUGAUGGCAGAGGUCAAAUGAAAAAAACCUUGAAACAUUCUUAUGAUAAACACACAGUUCUAAAUAGAUUAUUCUUCACCCGAUAACAGUAAUAGCAAUAUUCCCAAGGUAUCCCUUGUGCUACUAGCCUAGAAUUUUAGCUAAGAAAACAAGCAUCGAGUCAGUGAUAGUCCCAUAUUCUUCAAAGGCAUUCGAAUGACAGUCGCAUCCGAGUCCUCAGAUAAGCAUAUUUCAAGGGAAAAGUACAUCCCCCGUGUCAUAGUUGUGGGCAUAUUAUCGUAUUCCUUCUGCAUAGCGUUCAUCUGGGGAAAAACAUUAUACUGCCUGUCAAUGACUUAGCUUUACCCAUUUCACUUGGAAAGGAGAAAUCAUCUUUUCCUCAAGGUACGCAUUUUGAGUGAGUGGACUUCAAAGCAGAGACUGUGCUCUCUUGUCUUUGUUAUUGGGGUCUGUAGCUCUCUCUGAAUGCACUGAAGUAGUACAGAGUGACACAGAUCAAGAAAUGCAAACACUGAACAGUGGGGAAACCGUUUAGAGAAAUCCUUCGUGCACAGACGUCGAAUGUCAUUCGGGGAUUUCAGAUGCAAAUUUUAUUUCAUGAGAAAUGCUACCAACACGAAUAAGUAGGAACACAAAGCCCAGAAGCUGGAGCACAGCCUGCAGCAAGCCUGGUGUAAUUUCUGUUUUAAAGGAGAUUUCAACAAUCUGUCUGUGCCUUUGGGUACCUGCCCCAGUCAUCCAGAUGAUGCCGCAUGCCAUACAGCACAGUCAUGCGCUCAGUGGGCUGAUGUCUUUGACAUAAGUUCAUUUAACAACAAGAGGGCCAAAUGGACUACGUAACAGAAACUAUUAUUCCCAGUACAGUACUGCUUUCUUACUGUAUGAUAUGUUUAUGUGUCUUUACCAUCACAUAUACUCUGUAAUGGUAAUGCCCUGUGGCGGUAAUGAUAUCACAAGGUCACAAGUACUUCUUAGAAGAUCACAUAUGAACUUGGAGACCAUUGGACACCAUAGCAUGCAGACGAAUGUAAAAUAUUUCUGUUUUUAGAAAAUGCCACAAAGUUUUCAGGCGUUUGGUAAUGACAAACUAAGAAUAAGUAUACAGAUUCAGUUGCAGCUUGAAAGUUUAGGUAAUAAUAAACUGGCAGUCAUCUUGAGCUAUUUACCAACCAAGAAAGAUUAUUUCUUGCCUAUUGGGACAUGAUGAUUUUAGUACCAUUUGCGUAUUGAACGUACAUUGAAUGUCUACAAUCAAGCUGUAUUUACUUUUUAUAACAUUGAGAUUAGUAAGAAGGUAUUUGUUUCUAGGAAAAGAAAACAAUUAUAUGUUACCUUUAAUAUUUCUUAGUUUGCAACAAUGAACACUGUGGCACGGGAUAGGCCUCUAAUUGUGAAAUGACCCAUAAACAGAAUCAGAAAACUGCAAGGAAAGGGUUUUCAUUGUACCCUCUGCAUUGGCCAUGGGACGUGUAAUGGAGGCAGGAUAGAGUAUCUGAUUUCUCUGCUGCUCAUGUAUCUAGCUUUAAUGUGCAAAGUUGUAAGUUGCUUCUUGAAUUGUAGAUGUUCCUUUGUUGAUGUUGCACAACGUAACAGAAUUGUCAUUAAGUGCAUUUAGUGUGUAACAGACCACACACUACUGCACUACCUAGGUGCCAAGUUGACUGAAAACAGUCACGUGCCUGUUGCUUUGGAAAGUCAGAUUACCAGUGAUAGUAAUUGUCAACAAUACGAAGCACAUGUCUCCAGCUUGACAAAUCAGCGCGGGAAAUGUACCCUUGCAGUCGCAUAUGGUAUUAAAGGAAAGUGAAUAGUGUGGAAGAGUUGUCUCCCUUAUGCCACACAAACAUUCAGGCUAUAAUUACAAAAAAAGGAACAUUCAAAGCUGAUAUGUUUAAACAUCAAUAAUUUAGGAGACAUUAUUCUACAAGGAAUUUUAUACCAUAUAUUUUACCAUUCGGAUUCGGGUUCUUAAUUUCAUAAAAACCCUCGGAUAUGUUUUAUCCGACUUAUAAACAGACAAAUAAAUCUGAAACAACAUUUAUCAACAAUUGUAUAUAUUAAAUCAUACUUUCCAUGAACCUUUGGAAACGAGCGUAAAAAAAUCUCUUUCUGGCGUCCUGGCGUACUUGCAAAAGAUAUUCGUUAAAGCAUUGUGACUUAUCAGCGCCUCUGUAGCCUGGUGCGUGAACCACUAAACUACAGACAGUUGCAAGGUCGAUCUACUGAAAUAUACAGUAACUAUUUGUCAUUUGAUGUGACAUUAUUCCGCACAUUUCCGUGUCUGGGUUGUGUUCAAAUGCCAAAUUAAUAUCAAGCGAGAGACAUUCACAGAUCGCAAUACCACCAGAAGAUGUAAAUAUAAAAUCCCUAGGAUAUAAUGUAAAACCAUAGGUAUGGUGAGGUGAUAUUGGGUUUAACGACACGUCCAAGAUUAUUGCACUUAUAUUGUGACGUGCAUGCACAUGUGUGUGUGUGGCUGCUUGUACUAGUCCGGACUGAUGCCGAUUUAUAGUGCUAGCUCACUAAGAUACCAUGCCGCAGUUUAACAUGAAUACCCCACUCAGACACAGUACUGACUCCGUGCCGACCAGUCCUUGUUUUAGCCCCCUUAUGCCGAGCACCAGACAGGGUAACAACAAGUACCAUCUUUUAACGUCUUUUGGUAUGACACGGCCUGGGAUCGAACCCCAGACCUUCCGGACGCUCUACCACUAGACCACGGAGGCAGUUACCAUAGGUAUGAGUCAAGUCCGUUAAUAUGUACUUUGAGGCAGCAACCUGGCGCUGUGAGACUUCCAGGAGUUUGUUGUCUUUCUUAUUUAUGUGGCCGUUGGGACUUUUUCUGUGACCGUUUCUACCUUAACUUUUUACUCCAUUCUUACUUGAGGCCGCUUUGACCUGCUUUUCAUCGCCGUUUAUGAGAUUUACCCCAUUUGGAGAACAAAAGGAUGAUUAAAAUGUCACUUAGACGAUCUGUGAUAAAACAUAUAGCUCCAGUACAUUCCCUAUUACUUUAUGUAUUUCAUAACAUGAUUUCAUCAUUUAUUGUACUUACAGAACGAGAUGAGUGUUCAAUGUGGAUAUGUGUCAGACAACAUAGGUUCAUCGCCAACAAACCAUUAUGAACACAUUGACUUCAUAUAGUGAUGCUUUACGGAGUUCCAUAACUUCUUCUUUGUGGGUUUUUAAACCCAUCGACUGUGUUUUAGAAGAAUUUUUUUUUUAUCCAGCCUAUUACAGGUUACUUUUUUAAUCGAAUUUGUAACAUUAUGAAUAACCCUAAAGUUAAUUGUGUAUGUUAUUAUGCCUUUCAGAUACAUGUAUUGCAUGGUAUUUUUGUAUUGAAACAUUUGCCUCACAAAUCCUCACCUUACUCAAGUACUUUCUGGGCAAUAGCAUCAGUUGUCCAACCUACUGAGGUCCUCUGUGACUUCUGGUUGUUAUUGACGACCAUGACUUACAGAACAUGUGAUGCCUUCACAGAUGCAUUUUCUGAUACAUACAUGUAUGACAUUUUCUUCAUUUGCUCAAAUUGACUGCAUGUUUUCAACAAAUGAUUCAAUACAUAUUUGCAUGAUGUUGUAUUGUCGAACUUAUGUCUUUACUGCUUUAGCAUGAAUAAAACAAUUACAGAUAUA